AUGCUAAUUUAUAUCGUAGUAGUAUAAGUAGUAUGGGGAUUGUAAAGUUACACAGAGUGCGCAAGUGACCAAUACUAUAAUACAGCUUCAGGUGAAUGCACAUCUUGUCCUUAGAAUACAGAACGAUACAACAUAUCAUUAUGUGUGUGUGAUAAUGUCAAGGGGUAUUAGAGAACAGGAGACAAUAUCAUAGGAUUUUAAUAUGAUUAGUUGUGUUAGAAACAGGCUAAUAAUUGUGUUUAGAGCUAAGUGAAUUUGAAAUAUUCAUUCUCGGGAGAUUCCUUAUCUUAAAAUUCCUGCACUUCUUGUGCUUCUAAUGCCUAUCCAAACGCUUACCGAGAGUAGUGUGUACCUUGCCCAGAUAAAUUGAUGAUAUAUACCGGAAGCUGCGAAUGUCCUUAAACGGGGUACAUAAAGUCCUACGAUCGAUGUAUCUUGAGUACUCAGAAGACUAUUGGAAGUUUGAUAUUCGAUUCAUCAUACAUCGUUGAAUACGAGACUGAUUAGAAAAUAGCAAGUUCAUAUAUGUUGAGUAGAUACUAAUAUGCAAUCACAAUGUGCUAUUAUUAUUCGAGCAUCAAUGCUUGUUAGUUGCUAGCAAAUCUAUGCGUAUUGCAAUUGUUUGAUUUAACCAAACCCAUAUGUUCAAUAUUUUUAGAUGAAUUGUCCUCCAAAAUACCAGCAUCUGCUCCAGCAUUGUUUCCUAGUGUCAAUACAGAAACUAUCAACAUUUAUCAGACAGCAUUCCCUUAGACUAUGAAAUUGGAUGAUUCUGAUUCUAAGGGUCGUCGAUAUUUGAAUUACGCUAUAUAAAAAUACGAUUUGGACGGUAAUUUGAUUAGUGAUUCUACAUUGAGAUCUGAAUUCAUUUUAUGUCCCCAUUCUCCAGGAGAUGAAAUCAAUAGUAGAGCCUUCGGGUUAAAUAUGAAGAUAUCUUGUACUUUAGAUUUGGAUGCCUUCCUAUAAAAUUACGAAAUGUAUAUGUAUGAACUUUCAGUCACUGCUAUUCGAGAUGACAAUACUAUUGUUCCUUAGAAUGUGUACUUCCUGGUCAACAAUCUGAAGGAUAAGGAUGGAAAUCUACCAAAUACCGAUAAAGCCACUUAGAAUAGCAUUUUUGUUAAACGAAUCUUUUUGGUGGACACUUUAACCUCAAAGAAAGAUUACACUAGUCCAGCUGAAACUCCUGAAUACAUCAGAUAUGCAAGCAAAAUACAAAUAGUGAUCUUACCAAGUUAGGAUUCUUAUGAACAAAUUUACGUCCCUUAUGUUUAUGUCGAAUAUUCCAUUGUUAGAAAUUCAGGGGAAUCUUUUGGAUAUGCUGAUUUUGAAUUUGCCUUGUAGAUUUCACCUGACCCUACUAAUUAUUGGGUUACAAUCAUUAUCUUGUUUGCCAUUUACAAUGUUAUAAUCAUCUUAGUGUGGCUAUUCAGAAUUUAUGUGUGGACCAAGGCUAAUCCAAGUAGUUCCAUUAGAGAAAACUAUAUGUUGCAACUCAUUAAGAAUAUGGCUCAAUUGUUAAUUGAUUCUUGGACAGAUUGGAUGUUUUAUUUUCUCUUUUUUAUGACAGCUUAUUGGUUUAUCUUCUUCAAAUUCCAGAAUACCCCCUUUCUCUUGAUGCUGAAUCAAAAUGAACCUUCAAAUUACCUACCAUUCUAUGGACUAUUUUAUACUAUUUUUGCUUUAAGAUUAAUACAGACAUUGGCGAUUAUUUAUGCUCAAUCUUCAAUUAGCAUUUAUUUUAUUGAUUGGGAAACUACUGAGAUUCAUAGACCAGUUGAAAAAAGGAGGUAGGAAGAAUUAGAAGAAAAUGAAAUACUUGUAACUGCUAAUAAAAUCAAAAGCAAGGUUUCAGUUUGGAGAACUCUUUUGGUGGCAAAUGAAUUCAAUGAAUUAUCAACAGUCAGGACUGUUUCAGUUGAAUGGACACUUAUUAUAUUAGGAUUUGUAUUGAUUGGCUUGGGUUUUCAAAAAAGAUUCAUUGAAUCCCCAGAUCUAAUUGAAACGUAACCCUUUGUUCCUGAAAAUCCUAUUCUCAAAUACUUCUUAGUUUAGUUCGUUUAUCUGAUGAUUGGAUUAGGAUAAUUGAUCUUAAGAAGAAUACUCAACAUUUGGCAACCAUAUCCUUAUGAAAAUUUUGUCGAUCUCUGUACAAUUGCCAAUGUCUCCAUUUUCAUACUUGAUGACAAUUUACAUGGCUAUUAUAUCCAUGGAGAAAAUCCAUUAGGAUUCUCUGAGGGUGGAAUUCCUCAUCUUUAAGAAUGUCUAAGAAAUGAAUCUAAAAAUAAAGGUAAAAACAGAGGACUUGUCAAGGAUGGUUAUGAUAGUCAAUUGUGUACGUAUGAGUUAUUUGUGCCUCCUGAAUUCAAACAUUAAUUUGAAGUGAAUUAUUAAGGAAUUAGGAAUUAUAAGGAAAAGAGAGAAAUGAAGUCAUUAGGUAUUGAGAAUGUGGAAUUGUAAAAGUUUAAAAUUGAAUAAUUCCUUAAAUCUAAGAUCAAUGAAGUCAAAAAAGUUGACAAGAGAGCUAAUUUCAUUAGAACUAAAGAAACUGCUUAAAGAUACUUUGAUUAUCCUCCUGAUGAGUUGGCCUAUGAUGAUUUUAACAAAUCCUAAGUUCCUUAUUUCUACAAAGACCCAGAUUAUCAAUAUAGAAGAGUCUUCUUUAGUGGUUAUGAGAUGUACUUUUUAGUUACAGAUAUAAUCAUAUUCACCUUCUUUGUUUUAGUUACUUAAAAUGUAGCAUUAUCUAUAUUGUUGUAAUAUUUUGUAACAAAGUCUUUUGAAUGGUUAAAGUAGGAAUGGCAGAAAUCUAACAUUAGUGAAAAAACUAAAAUUGACAAAAGGUUUCUAAUAUGA